AUGGUUACCAUAGAUAACGAAUUACAAUUUGAAUAUAAACGUCUAGAAACGUUUAAAAAUGGAGAAUGGCCCUACUGUGAAAUAGACCCGGCUCCUUUGGCUAAGGAGGGAUUCUGUUAUACGGGAAAGAGUGAUUGUUGUGUCUGUGCUUUUUGUAGAGGAACAGUGAGGUGUUGGAGAUCUAAACCUGAUGCAGAAAUGGAACAUUCUCGUCUCUUUCCACUCUGUAAAUACGUUUUAGAUAAGAACGUAGGAAACGUACCUCUCAUGAGCAGCACCUUCUCCUUAACUAAAGUCAUCCGGUCCAAUAACACUGAACCGGUGCAUGUGAACUUUGUGAUGCAUCGACAGCGAAUGGAAUCAUUCAUGAACUGGCCAAGAGAUAAAAAGAUACCAAAAGCUGUUGAUUUAGCAGAGGCAGGAUUUUUACGACCAGCAAAAACUUUAGAGUUACACGACCUGGUUCAAUGCUUUCAGUGUGGAAUAAGCUUAGAGAAAUGGACAGAGGAUGACAUACCAUGGAAUCAGCAUGCUUUAUGGAACCCAUAUUGUUCGUAUCUUAGGAUGGUGAAGGGUGAAGAAUUUAUCAUGGAGGUUCACAAUAUGAAUUACACGAGAAUGUCGACGAUAUCUGAUUCUACAUUGAACCAGUAA